UCAGUCGAUGCCCCGGUAGCUCAGAGGUAGAGCUCCUGCAUAUAGUGAGCGAAAGAUGCCCUAUCAUUGUUAAGACGCCCUAUCUGACGCCCUAUCAUUGUUCAAUUCGGAUCACUAGCUUACUCCAUGUGACAGAGUAAGCUCGCAGCGGACUGACCUGUUUGAUCUUAAAAACAUCUUGAUCGUAAGGUAUCUUAUUAUUACUUAUAUUUUUGAAGGUUUCGUUGACUCAGUUUGGGAAAUGUGGAGACAAAAAAGACAAACUAGAUUUCAACGAGAACGUGACUAUCCACGUGAUGAUGGGGAAUGUAUGCCAGAAUGGCACUUUUCUGAUGCUUUUAUGCCAAUGCUGCAACCUUUACGAAAUCUGGAUGCUCUUUCUAAUAAUUAUACCGAUAAUAUGUAUGAGUAUGCUAAAAGGCCUUCCUGCCCUAAUGGAGACUCAGAGGAAUGUGGAAAUACAAAAUUUCUUUGGUGUGAUGUAAAAACAAAUAUUGGACAUCCAGUUUGCUUAGCAAAAGUUAAGCCUGGUGGAAAUUGUAAAGGAUUUGAAUGGUCUACUGAAAUUUGUUAUAAUGGACAGUGUUUAGAAGGGCGGUGUACUCGAGUACUUGAACAACAAAAUAAAAAACAUUCAAAAUAUGAAAAACAACAAAAGCAAAUUGAUAAAGUUUAUGAACAUUGGCACACAGAAAGUUUUAUGAGACGAUAA